AUCUCGCCCUCAAUGAUGGAACACUAUUAUAGAGCAGCCACUCUUCCACAGGGACUUAGCUUGGUUUCGCCGUCUUAGUAUAUCCAUUGCCCCCAUUAUCCACUUUCUCUUCCCUUUGAUCUACUUGGGCUUUUGCUCUUCGGUCUCUAGUCGUCUUAUUCCCUAGAAUCGCUUCUUAGAGAAAGUAGCAAUGGCAGACGGACUCAACGAUGCACGUGCUCUAAGAAUGGCUGAGAUCUUCAACGACUACCGAACCCUCCUGGUGCACAUCUCCCAACAAGAUAUCCCAGUUCCCGCGGAGGAUUACUACGAGCCAGGCUAUGCGGUGAUCCGGGAGAGUUUGGCUGCUGCGCAAGCCCUAAUGUCGUCUAACUAUAACCCUGUUCCGCCAACCGGGAGGAAUGAUUUGGAAAUGGAAAAGGCUGAAUUUCGGAGAGUCAUACUUGAUAUAAGCUCACGCCGCUUUCAAGCUCAUAAGAUUUACCUCCGCGCGGCAGCAGGGAGAAGAUGGUCUAUUAAUCGGGCAGAUGCCCUGCAAAGGCCCCAACAGACACAUGCUUCUCGAUUGAAGCUAGUAGACGACACAUUCCGACAGGAGCUUGGCCAGGUGACAGAUGAAUACGUUGUGGCUGAUCUUCGGGCAGCCGAUAUACGCGCAGGCCAUUGGCUUGAUGAGGAUCCAUCUUUACAGGAAAUGCGGAAUUGGAUUCGAGAACAUCCAUGAAGCCACACUUCGCGUUAAGGUGAUUUGCCGAGGGCGAAUCAGAACCACGGCAUUUGAUUAAGCGCAGGUCGUUUAAUUACGCCUAGGAAGAGAUGUCCCUCUUCCACAAAAGUAAAAAAGUUCCCUCCCCCUCCUUUUUAUUGGGACUUGUUUUUAUUAUGAUGUUGUUGACGGUUAUGAUAUCCCCACAAGUGAUUGUUUAUGUUAGACGCUUUGAGAUUGUCGAACGUCCCUUUUUCUUUUCCACACUUAAUUACUCUUUUUUUU